CUCCCUCUCUUAUCCUUGAGAGUUGAGUCUGCCGAAGAAAACCCCAGUAGAAACACAAAGGCUAAAAGUGAAAAUAGCAGCAGCAACAACAACAACAACAACAACAACAACAACAACAAAGAAGGUCUUUUUCGAAUGAAUUGAAUAAAAUGGCGCUUCUUGUUUUCAGACCUCGCAAUAUUUCUCUUCGUCUUCUCAUGGCUGCUUCUUCUUCUACUUCUCGUUACCUUUCUUCUUCAUCUUCUCUUCACUCUUAUCCAACUCCUCCACCUUCUCUCUCCUCCUCUUUCCGCCCCUCUUUUCCCCUCACUCACAGGGUGAAUUUUAGAUUGAAGAGGGUUUCAAGUAGUGCAUUGGUUAGAAAUGUGGCAUUUCCCAGAGCAGUUAUGUCUUUCAGCACUGCCACUGAGGCUAGCAAUGCUUCUAAAUCUUAUGGGUCUGAGCAAAUUCAGGUGUUGGAGGGUUUGGAUCCUGUUAGAAAAAGACCAGGGAUGUAUAUAGGAAGCACCGGUCCUCGGGGUUUGCAUCACUUGGUUUAUGAAAUUCUCGAUAAUGCAGUUGAUGAGGCACAAGCAGGGUUUGCAUCAAAGAUAGAUGUUAUCUUGUUUGCUGAUAACUCUGUGUGCAUCACCGACAACGGACGUGGGAUCCCGACAGAUGUGCAUCCAGCGACGAAGAAAUCUUCAUUGGAGACUGUUUUGACGGUCCUACACGCAGGUGGCAAAUUUGGUGGCUCAAGUAGUGGGUACAGUGUGUCCGGAGGAUUGCACGGUGUAGGUCUGUCAGUUGUCAAUGCAUUAUCUGAGGCUCUGGAAGUCACAGUUUGGCGAGAUGGAAAGGAGUACAAGCAAAAAUAUGCCCGUGGAAAGCCUGUGACAGAUUUGUCAUGUGAUGUGCUUCCGCCUGCUUCUGAAGAUUGCCAAGGGACGUGCAUCAGGUUUUGGCCUGACGGAGAAAUAUUUACUACCGAAAUUGAGUUUGAUUAUGACACUAUAGCUGGACGGGUUAGGGAGCUUGCCUUUCUUAAUCCUAAGCUGACCAUUGCUCUUAGCAAAGAGAGUGAAGACCCUGAGAAGAAUAAGUAUAAUGAGUAUUAUUAUGCUGGGGGAUUGGUUGAAUAUGUGAAAUGGCUAAACACUGAUAAGAGACCAAUCCAUGAUGUUGUUGGGUUCCAUAAAGCAGCAAAUGGUGUAACUAUUGAUGCAGCUUUACAGUGGUGUUCAGAUGCAUAUUCAGAUACAAUCUUGGGAUAUGCCAAUAGCAUACGCACAAUCGAUGGUGGUACGCACAUUGAUGGCUUCAAGACUUCAUUGACUCGAACCCUGAACAGCUUGGCGAAGAAAUCAAAGGCUAACAAGGACAAAGAUCUUACUUUAAGUGGUGAACACAUAAGGGAAGGAUUAACUUGUGUCAUUUCUGUCAAAGUGCCAGAUCCAGAGUUUGAAGGACAAACAAAGACAAGGUUAGGAAAUCCUGAAGUCCGCAAGGUGGUUGAUCAAUGUGUACAAGAUUACCUUACGGAGUAUCUAGAGUUGCAUCCUGAUGUUCUAGAUAACAUCCUUUCAAAGGCUUUGAAUGCUCUGAAGGCUGCUCUGGCUGCCAAAAGGGCAAGGGAACUAGUGAGGCAGAAAAGUGUCCUGAAGUCAUCUUCUCUUCCUGGAAAACUUGCUGAUUGCUCAGCCACCAAUCCCGAGGAAGCAGAAAUAUUUAUUGUUGAGGGAGAUUCAGCUGGUGGAAGUGCAAAACAAGGCCGGGAUAGACGUUUUCAAGCUAUCCUUCCCUUGAGAGGUAAAAUUCUAAAUGUUGAGAGGAGGGAUGAUGCAGCUAUGUAUAAGAAUGAAGAGAUUCAGAACCUAAUUCUUGGUUUGGGACUUGGAGUAAAGGGUGAAGAUUUCAAGAAGGAAGAUCUUCGCUAUCAUAAAAUUAUUAUAUUAACUGAUGCUGAUGUUGAUGGUGCUCAUAUUCGAACUUUAUUGUUAACAUUUUUCUUCAGAUAUCAGAGAGCAUUAUUUGAUGAAGGCUACAUUUAUGUGGGCGUUCCUCCCCUGUACAAGGUUGAAAGGGGAAAACAGGCUCGUUAUUGUUAUGAUGAAGCUGAACUUAAAAAAAUUCAGCGUGCCUUCCCUUCAAACGCAUCGUACACUAUUCAGAGAUUUAAAGGGUUGGGUGAGAUGAUGCCUGCUCAACUGUGGGAGACGACCAUGGAUCCAGAGAGUCGAUUGCUGAAACAAUUGACGGUAGAGGAUGCAGCUCAAGCAAGUCUGUGUUUCUCUUCUCUUAUGGGGGCCCGGGUUGAUACGCGGAAGGAGCUUAUACGAAAUGCAGCUAAUAUUGUCAACCUUGAGCAGUUAGAUAUAUAAUAACAUGCUGAUAUGCACCGAUCAUACCUUUCUGCACAAAACAUGCUUAUAUUGCCCGAGGCAUCACUUCUGCCUCUUGGGACCGUAUUUUUCGAGCUUCAAAAUACUUGAAGAUCAAUCCGGAAAUCAUAGCCUCUCUGCAAAGUAGUGGAAGCAAUAUCCACAGAUUUUCUCCAUUGUUUGGCAGGUUGCUAGAAAAUUUUCCAUGUCUCAUAGUUUUGCUGAAUUAUCAUAAAUUAGGUGUAAUAUUAUCUUCAAGCACAUGGUUAUAGCAUUCUCACCCUGCAUAGGAACACUCAAGAAACGAAUUAAGUUGGUUUUGGAAAAGAAAAAGUUUGUAGGCUGGUUGUAUUCAUUUCAUAUGUAUAGUUCUGUUACGAUCACGCUAAUUUCAGAUUGUAAUCUUAAGCAAUUAGUUAUUUAAGCACACAUUCAUGUCUACCAAGGAGAUUCAUUAAUACAAUUAGUUAUCUCA